CCAGCGACAGCCCAACCUUUGAGCCGCAAUCAACGCGACCGCGUCUCCAGUGGAAGCGCAACCUUGAAUUGAAGCCGUCACACUGAAAGAAGGUCUCCAGAAUUCCAGGGGACCAACAACAGGCCCACCCUUUUUCAAAUCGUCUCGCAGCAUGCGAUAAUCUGGGCGAGCAGUAACGAUCUCCGAAGCUCCAUAGGGCCUCGUCCGAGACGCAUCGGGACAACCACUGACGACUUGGGACAAUCGACAACAACCAUUUUGGCGCAUACUUUGCCUGGCGACUUUCUGAGCCCAUAAACAUGGCGCCGGCAUUUGGCUACCCAGCGUCAGAGGAGAGCUCCCGGUCUGGCGCCCAGAGUCCGGCUCAAGGGCCCCUGAAUGACAAAAUGGCCGACCUCGAGACUACAUAUCACGAGAGCACCAUCCGAGCGGGCGAGGAGGUCGACUAUUUCGCUGCUCAACUCGACCGUUACAACACUGAAUUGACGGGGUCGGCGGCAGACAAGCGCGCUCACGUCUUCAAACUUGUCGACUCUUACUACACCUAUUCGCGCAAGAGGGCUGACCGGUUGCGUGAGCGCGAGCCAUCUGCCCGGAGAGGGAGUUGGCAACGGGCUGCUUCUGCCGACAUGGACAUCGACGAAGCCGAUCAUGUCAACGAUGCCGUCUCGGCUGAGGAGAUACGCCGUGUAGAAGAGGAGGCGCAGACUUGGGAUCUUUUACGGCGGAUUUUACCUCUGCGGUACCGCGACCAGACCGCAUCCCAGCUAAGAACCACGAACGAUGCCUCGACUAGGACGCGUAGGCAGUGGUGGGACGACUUCUUAGUCUCAGAUUCGGCGGCACGGGAGAGGAAGAUUGUCUUGGAGUGGCUUCAGAGCAGCGCGAGUCAUAGGCCGCCCAUUGACGAGGUCGUGAGUGAAUUGCAACAGAAUGCCGAGCGCGGCGAUAUCCUUGCGCACGGUUGGCUCCACACGCGACAUAAGAUCAAGCUACAGAAGAGCGUCAACGGUUAUCAAGGUGUUUUGGAACCUCACGACGCCGCGGCCGCUCAGUCGCAUCUCGGCUCCAACACUCUGAUUACUCAACUGGAUCCCGACGCCGUCACCCGCCAGUCCCGCAAAUUGGAACCUCAUGACGAGUUCUUCGAGCGUGCUAUCUGGCUCGGAUGCUUCGAAAUGCUUCGGCGCGGUUGCUCCAUGUCUGAGAUCAGAGAGUGGUGUUCAGAGAGAACGGAGCUCUGGCGGGCGGCAUCAAUCACGCCGCUGCCCUUGUCCAAUCCCGAGGACGAGGAACAGCCAGAGUUUGAGCCAAGCGCUCUGGUGCUAUGGAGGCGCAUGUGCUUCGCCGCUGCCCGUGACGGCGGCACGGGAGAGUACGACCGGGCCGUCUACGGCUUGCUAGCGGGCGACAUCGCCAGUGUGGAGAAAGUGUGCAAGUCCUGGGACGACUUCCUCUUUGCUCAUUACAACGCUCUUCUCAGGACGCAGUUCGAUUCGUAUCUCGUCAAGCAUGGCGGCGACAGUGCGACCAGAGCCGCCGAGCAAUUUCCCUCGUUCAACGCCGUUCUGCAUCACAGCGAUCCGAUGACGGUUAGCAAGCGUCUCAUUGCUUCCUUGGAGACGGACUCGAGGACCAGGAAAGAGGCGAUGCGGACCGCAAAGACGCUGCAAGGCGCCAUCAUCUCCAACGAACUGGAUCGGCAUUUGUUCCAACAAGGGCUCGUGCUGUCCCGGCACGCGAACCAAAAGCAAAAUUCAAAGCUGAUCCCCGAAAUCUCCUCCCAUCUGGUGGAGAACGUCAACCAAGACAGGUACUUCGACCUGGCAGACCACGACGGCCUUAGGAUACUGGCGCACGUCCUCAUCAUCAUCUUCACCCUCGACCGUCUAAGCGGUUUCACAAAGGAUAGGAGUCCACUGCAGGCCCGGCAUCAAGUACAAGAGCACAUCAUCGCAGCGUACAUCAGCUACCUCCGGCUUGCCAACCUGGAGGAGAUGAUUCCGCUGUACUGCUCCAAGCUGUACGGUGCUCGGGUGUACGAAACGCUGAGCAGGAAUCUGAUUCACAUUGUGGACAAUGACGCACGGGUACACCAGCUUACCAUAAUGAGGAAACUGGGGCUUGAUCUGGCCCAGUUCGUCAAGGCCCAGCCUCUGAUUUACCUUGACGAUGUCCAGGACUUGGCUCUCCGCAGCGAGGCAAAGGGCCGAUUCAAGAUCCUUGAGGAUGGACCGGCAACGCUCAAGUAUGGCCGGGUUGUCAAACCUGAUUUCUUUGGGGAGGAUUCGGAGUUCGUUGAUCAAGAAGACGACCUGAUCAUCCGUGCCAUGGAAUGGCUCAUGCUUGUCCCCGGCCUAUUCGUCGAGUCAUGCACCUACGCGAUCCGGAUUUACAAGUAUUUGCUCAAGAAGACACGGUUGCGGGCCGCCCGCGCUUUCAGCGAUCGGAUUUCAGGACGAGAAAUUGUUAAGGCCAAGUCGCCCAUCCCGGUCGGAGAGACGAGCGAGGAUUUGGGUCCCGGGUGGUUCGAGGAGUUUGCCAGUGGCGACUUUCCAGCCGAGUUCCUUGAUCGUUGCAAACUGAGCAAGGACAAGCUCAUCACGCUCGUCCGGAACCUUUGGGAGCUAGAGUGCCUUGUUCGCGCUCUGGACUCAAUGGAGACCCUGUCGUCGGUGGCUGGACUCAGCAGGGAGCAAAACACCAUGUCCCGAGAUAUGUUGCAACACACGAGCCAGGAGGUCCGCGCGGCCAAGGCGUGCAUGCAGCCAGUAUUGAAGAACUGGUUGUUGGUGUCCAACGAAGUCGACAAGGACUUCCAAGAGCUUCGCGCCGCCUACAUUCCCGAGACGGUGCUGGCUUAUAUCAGCUGCCUGCAUUUUGCCGGCACGUCCCUCUCGCGGGACAACCUCCUGGAGUGCAUGGAGCUUGCGGCGGUGAUCGCCGAAAAGGGCUCGGAUGUCGCCCAGGAGUUUUUGAGGUGCGGCAGGAUGAAGGAGCUUGUCGAGGCGUUUGCGUCGUGCAGCAAGGCGCUGGCGAUUUGGACGAGCGAUAAGAAGGGGUCGCAGGCUAGUUCGAAAAAGAUCAGGGAGAUGGGAUGGUCCCGAGAGCUGUGGUCCAUCAAGCCCUGAACUAGAUGCCGUCACAACAACUGGUUGAAGUCCACCUAGCCAAAAACUGGAUGGGAAGUAUGGUAGAGAUGCAUGCACAUGUCUCAGCGAUGCGAUCUCCAUGAAGAAGAGAAUGUGGUGUAUGGAUGCGGAUGCGAUGCAGUCAACAGCACGCCAGACGAUGGGCAAGCCAAGCUACUAGGUGGUGGCUUGAUGGACUUACUAUGUGGCUGUUCAGAACAGGGGCACUUUGCGAGCAUCCCAGAUUGCCACAAACGACGGGUGUUUGAUUGGAUGGAUGCUUUCGACGGAGAGGAUCAGAGCUUUUGUCUCUCCACGGCUGCAGCAGAGAGACGGGGAUGGAGCAUCGAAGGAAGAGGACGAUGGAUACAUUCAUCUCGUGCGAUAGGCGUUUGACAUAGGCAGUGAUGAGAACCAGUCCACGUCCAAAGAGACAUUCGAGUAAAUCCUUCCC